AGGCGUGCAGGCACCGCCGUCUCCCUGCAGACUGCUGCUGCAUUCAACCGCAACACGCGCGAACUGCUUUGCUUGCUUGCUGCCGGAGGGGCUUCUGUACAGAGCAGCAGGUUCGCUGCCGUCUUGGCCAUGUAAAAACCUGCACAGCCAAAGAGCAGCAGCGGCAUCGGCAAGCCCAAGGCCAGACACGGUCACUGCCAAGACGGGACAAAGAGAGCAGAGAGGGCUAAAACGAAACGAGCAAAACAGCGAGAAAUUCACAAUCAAUAUCUCGCAGCUGACCACUCUAAAAUAGAGCAAAAACUCGAGGGGGUUUCUUUUCUUCGUAUUCAAACAACGGACUAUCUUUCUUUUUUGGGGGCGGCGGCGGCGGGGGAGGUGGGAGGCCGGGGGAGGCUGUAUAUUAUUCCAGCGGACUCAUUGUCGCGACAGCCGCUCUCGUCCGCGAGUAGUUCAGCGGCGCGCUUCCAAGAGUCGCAAGCGAAGCCGGUCGAACCCCACCCCGCACCGCACCAACGCGACCCACCGCUCCACGCGAUGGAGCCACCGCGCCGCACGCGCUCGGCCACCCUCAUCCCGCUCGUCCUCACGCCGCCGCCGCGGCUCCUGAUCCUGCUCCUCGCGCUCUCUGCCUCGCCGGCUCAAGCGCACUACUACGACGACUACGGCUGGCAGUCGGACGCCUACCAGGGCAGCCAGCGCUUCUACGCCAAGCCGGCCGUGUGCGUCUCCAUCCCCAACAACCUGCGGCUCUGCCAGAACAUCGGCUACGCGCAAAUGCGCUUGCCCAACCUGCUCGAGCACGAGUCUCUGCCCGAGGUGCAGCAGCAGGCGGGCAGCUGGGUUCCUCUGCUGGCCAAGCGCUGCCACCCGGACACGCAGCUCUUCCUGUGCUCGCUCUUCGCUCCCGUGUGCCUCGACCGCCCCAUCUACCCGUGCCGCUCGCUGUGCCAGGCGGUGCGCGACUCGUGCGCGCCCGUCAUGGAGUCGUUCGGCUUCCCGUGGCCCGACAUGCUGCGCUGUGACAAGUUCCCCAUCGACAACGACCUGUGCAUCGCGGCGCAGUCGGCGAGGGGGGGAGGAGGAGGAGGUGGAGGAGGAGGAGGCGGCGGUGUCGGCGGAGGUGCCGGGGUCGACGGAGAGGAUGAAGGUGAAGGCGUCACUGCGCAGACAGAGAUGAAAGUGUGCCCUCCGUGCGACAACGAGAUGAAGAUCGAGUCUGUUCUGGAGCACUACUGUGCCAGCGAGUUUGCGAUAAAGAUGAAGAUCAAGGAGGUGAAGCAGGCGGGUGGGGACAAACUGAUCAUGGCCCAGCAGAAGAAGAGGAAGGUGCUCAAGCCAGGCCCGCUGGCCAAGAAGGACCUCAAGAAGCUCGCGCUGCACAUCAAGAACGGGGGCGGCUGCCCCUGCCAGCAGCUCGACAGCCUCGCCGGCAACUUCCUCAUCAUGGGGCGCAAGCUUGAGCAGCAGCUGCUGCUCACGGCCAUCUACCGCCUGGACAAGAAGAACAGGGAGCUCAAGAACAUCAUCAAGAAGCUCAAGAACCACAAAUGCCCGGCGUUCCACUCCACAUUCUGACGCGGGCAGGGCGGGAUGCGGGGUCGCCCCAAAAAAGACGGGGUCCGGCGUUUCCGGCAAACGUCACGGCGGCGUGGCCCCCAAAGCGGACAAUCAAAUGUUGAAGACCGACAGCAAAGCGUCUCCCGAGUUUCCACGGUCCGUGUUGUACAACGCAGUUAGAAAAUGCCGCGCGUCCUUUUUUAGGCUGAACGGAGAGAGGGGAGAGAGAGGGGAGAGAGAGAGAGAGAGGUGCGUUGGCACGGCUGCAGUCACGCGGAGUCACAUUCAUCCCUCGUAGAGACAUUCCGGAAGCUGCAUUCGAAAAGGGUUCUCUAAUUCGGUCACUUCUUAACUUUUUCUUCUCUCCCAAAAUGUUGCCUUUUUUGAGUAUGCAAUACCCUGCUGCCUUACGACCUCCAUAUGUGUGAAGAUCAAUUAAUGCAGUCUUGUUGUACCAACAAUCAUGAAGCCAGAUUGGAACAACUUUUUUAAAAUAAUAAACUGAGAGGAGAUGUACUGCCAGCAGAGUUGCUGUGAAGCUAUAGAAAAAAAAUUAUAUUUUGUUGUAUGUGACAGUUUUAUAAGAGACAGUUUUUUUUGUGAUUGUUAUAAUAAAGUUGCAUGUCUAUGAAAAAAAAGAAAUGAGAUACAGGAUUACUCACAAAAGAGAGAAAAGUUGAUAACAACAGCCGAGACAGAUAUUCCCUAAGAUUGGAAUUGAAAGCACAAAGCAACGAGUCUUAUCUGCGGAAAUUGUUGUCGGUGUCUGUAACUCCGAGGAAAGAAGAUGAAUCGGAAAGAUAACGAGGAAUGCGCGACAAGCAAGAGCGACGUGAAAUCCGAGCGCGCAUCACCGAAACGCGCGCUCAUUGCCGCCGCUGUGCCCGCGUUGCUCCAUUUCAUUUUGCUUUCGGCUUUUGCCAAAAUAAUGAUCAAUUUCUAUUUCGCUGUGGGUUUCUUGAGAUUUACUGUCCUCAAGGCAACAAAAAAAUUCCACAAUUGUUUCCGCAUGUUUUUUUAUUUUUCUCUGGAUAUUGCUCUGUGGAGUCGAAAAGAAGGGUGGGAUAGAUGGGCGGGGUGGGGGGAGGAGAGCGCAAAACAGAGAAAACAUCACGAAGCAAUCCAGCCUCUGGCAUUCCCAUUUCUUCGGUUGCAUUGAGGCAGCUACUCAUCGCCGCCACACGCGCGGCACCGCAAAAAAAAAAGAGAGAGAAAUGACAGCACAGAUUUACUUUAACAAAGGUCAUAAAACACAACACAUGGAAACGAAAGCGACGGUAAACCAGACACACAGACGAAGAGCAAAGCAAACGCGAGAGGCUUUCCUAACUUUGCUUGCAAAAUUACGAUUUCAUUCCCUUCCCUCCACAACUCUCCUCGAUCCUUUUGGGAAUCUUUCCAACCGAGUCCAAUAAUUUUGAGGGAUUUGUUGUUGCAUCCCUGAAUAAAGGGGGGGGGGA